AUGCGUUUCCUGCACCUGAUCCGACCCGUCAUGUGUGUCCUGCCUGAAGUGGCACAACCAGAUCGAAAGAUUCCAUUCCGUGAAAAAGUUUUAUGGACAAUUAUUACGCUUUUUAUCUUUCUCGUAUGUUGUCAGAUCCCACUUUACGGUAUUCAGACGUCAAAAUCAUCGGAUCCACUCUAUUGGAUGCGUGUUAUACUUGCUUCGAACCGUGGAACACUGAUGGAACUUGGUAUUAGUCCUAUUGUUACAUCAGGACUUGUCAUGCAACUAUUGGCUGGCUCUAAGAUGAUUGAAGUAGACCAAUCACUCAAGGAAGACCGUGCAUUGUUCAGUGGUGCUCAAAAGCUUUUUGGUAUCCUCAUUACGUUGGGAGAGGCUGUGGCCUAUGUGGUCUCGGGCAUGUAUGGUAAUGUCUUGGACAUUGGAGCAUUUAAUGCUAUUCUUAUCAUUGUGCAACUACUGUGUGCUGGUGUGCUGGUUAUUAUUCUGGACGAGAUGCUACAAAAGGGAUAUGGUCUUGGCUCAGGUAUCUCACUCUUUAUCGCUACUAACAUUUGCGAGAAUAUUGUGUGGAAAGCCUUUUCCCCCACAACAAUCAACACAGGCCGUGGUACGGAGUUUGAAGGUGCUAUAAUCGCUCUGUUUCACUUGUUGAUUACCCGUUCGGACAAACUGCGCGCGCUGAAAGAGGCCUUCUACCGUCAAAACCUGCCCAACAUCACGAAUUUGCUGGCCACUAUGUUUGUUUUCAUUGUGGUUAUCUACUUUCAGGGCUUUCGCGUGGACCUCCCGGUCAAGUACCAGAAACUGCGCGGUCAACAGGGCACGUACCCGAUCAAGCUCUUUUACACCUCCAAUAUGCCUAUCAUUCUGCAAACAGCUUUGGUAUCCAACCUAUACUUCAUCUCGCAGUUGCUGUACAAAAAAUUUAGCGGCAAUUUUCUCGUGCGCUUGCUUGGCGUGUGGCAGGACGUGGAGGGAAGUGCCGGUCAGACAGUGCCUGUAGGUGGAGCCGCGUACUACAUGUCUGCUCCCAGCAACUUGGCGCAGAUCCUGUACGACCCGCUGCGUUUUGUCCUCUACGUGAUUUUUAUCCUCGGCUCGUGCGCGCUCUUCUCCAAGACAUGGAUCGAGAUCUCGGGCUCGUCGGCUCGUGACGUGGCCAAGCAGCUGCGUGACCAGCAGAUGGUGAUGAAAGGCCACCGUGACUCGUCGAUUGUGCACGUGCUCAACCGCUACAUCCCCACGGCUGCUGCUUUCGGCGGCAUGUGCAUUGGCGCGCUGACCAUGGUUGCUGACCUGUUGGGCGCUAUUGGCUCGGGCACCGGUAUCCUGCUGGCUGUGACCAUCAUCUACCAAUACUUUGAGACUUUUGCACGGGAGCAAGCCGAGAUGCCGCUCAGCGGUCUUUUUGGGUUUUAA